AUGAUGUAUGCACAAAAUGCAAUUGUAAAUAAUGAAUUCCUUGGGGAUAAAUGGAAAAAUGUUCUUCCUAAUUCAACGGAGCCGCUGGGAGUUGGAGUUUUGAAAUCUCGUGGAUUCUUUACUGAGUCAUACUGGUACUGGAUAGGAGUUGGUGCUUUGAUUGUAUAUACAUUACUUUUCAACAUUGGAUAUAUCCUAUCUCUUACUUUCUUGAAACCAUUUGGGAAGCAUCAAACUGUCAUAUCAGAGGAAUCUCAAAGCAGAAAAAGAACUAGUGUAUUCAAGUGCAUAAAGGAUAUUUUUUCAGAGCACUCAAUGGAAGUGAUAAAUGGAAGCACCUCUCCUAGUACUUUAUCCAGUAGACAAGAAAUAGUUGUCGAGACAAAUCGUAGCACGAAAAGAGGAAUGGUUCUUCCUUUUGAACCACAUUCAAUCACCUUCAACGAAAUAACGUAUUCAGUAGACAUGCCACAGCAAAUGCGAAACCGGGGUGCUGUUGAGGAUAAGUUGGUUCUUUUGAAUGGUGUAAGUGGAGCUUUCAGGCCAGGUGUUCUGACUGCUCUGAUGGGUGUGACUGGUGCUGGCAAAACAACUCUGAUGGAUGUGCUCUCUGGUAGAAAAACUGGUGGAUAUAUAAGCGGUGACAUCAGAAUUUCUGGAUAUCCUAAGAAGCAAGAAACCUUUGCGAGAAUUUCUGGAUAUUGUGAGCAAAACGAUAUCCACUCUCCUAAUGUCACUGUCCAUGAAUCUUUGCUCUAUUCAGCGUGGCUUCGUUUGUCCCCAGAGAUCAAUGCUGAAUCCAGAAAGAAGUUUAUUGAUGAAGUUAUGGAACUCGUGGAACUAAAACCGCUGCGAAAUGCAUUAGUAGGACUUCCUGGUGUAAGUGGUCUCUCAACGGAGCAGCGCAAAAGGUUGACUAUUGCGGUUGAAUUGGUAGCUAAUCCAUCUAUAAUAUUCAUGGAUGAGCCAACAUCUGGGUUAGAUGCAAGGGCUGCAGCUAUCGUUAUGAGAACAGUUAGGAACACAGUAGACACCGGAAGAACAGUUGUUUGUACCAUCCACCAGCCUAGCAUUGAUAUAUUUGAAUCUUUUGAUGAGCUUUUGCUACUAAAACAAGGAGGGAAAGAGAUAUAUGUGGGGCCACUUGGACAUCAUUCUUCCAAUUUAAUCCGUUACUUUGAGGGAAUCAAAGGGGUUAACCAGAUUAAAGACGGGUAUAAUCCAGCAACAUGGAUGUUUGAAGUCACAUCUUCAUUAAAAGAAUUGGAAUUGGAGAUUGAUUUUGCAGAUGCGUACAAAAAUUCAGAUAUAUACAGGAGAAACAAAGCAGUUAUCAAAGAAUUGAGUACUGCAGCUCCUGGUUCGACGGAUCUUUAUUUUCGUUCACAAUACUCGAGAUCCUUUUUUACACAAUGCAUGACUUGCUUAUGGAAACAACACCGGUCUUAUUGGUGCAAUCCUAUAUACAGUGCUAUAAGAUUUUUGUACUCAACUAUUUUAGCUGUUUUGCUUGGAACCAUGUUUUGGAACCUUGGCCCCAAAAUCAUUAAGGUUCAAGAUCUUUUUAAUGCCAUGGGCUCCAUGUAUGUCACUGUUCUCUUGGUUGGCUUCAAGAAUGCUAAUGCAGUCCAGCCAGUGGUUGCCGUUGAAAGAACGGUGUUUUAUAGAGAAAGAGCUGCCGGAAUGUACUCAGCUUUUCCAUAUGCUUUUGUUGUAAUCGAGCUUCCAUAUGUUUUUGUACAAGCUGUGAUUUAUGGAUUUAUAAUUUAUCCUAUGAUUGGUUUCGAGUGGUCUGUGGCUAAAGUUUUUUGGUACCUAUUCUUUGUGUAUUUAACCUUCCUCAACUACACCUUCUCUGGCAUGAUGUUUGUGGCUGUGACUCCAAACAGCCACAUUUCAAGUAUAGUUUCCUCUGCAUUCUAUUCUCUAUGGAAUCUCUUCUCAGGAUUCAUAGUCCCAAGACCAAAAAUUCCAGUAUGGUGGAGAUGGUACUGUUGGGAAAAUCCAAUGGCUUGGAGUUUGUAUGGAUUGUUGGUAUCACAAUAUGGAGAUGUAGAAUACAAGAUUGAAUCAAGUGAUGGAGGAAUAACAACAGUGGAAGAGUUUUUGAGAGAUUACUUUGGGUUCAAGCAUGAUUUUCUAGGAGUUGUUGCUGUUGUUAGUGUUGCAUUUCCAGUAGCUUUUGCUUUAAUCUUUGCCAUAUCAAUCAAGAUGUUUAAUUUCCAAAAGCGCUAA